AUGCCCGCGUACACAUUCCCUCUCAACUGUCGGCGCGGCGCAAUACUACUGGCUGGGAACGACUACACCAAUCAUCUACUCAUCUUAUUCAACAUCGAGCUGCAGCAUGUUGGGCGAUACACCUGCAAGCUCGUCUAUUCUGGAGACGAGGACGACGAAGACUUCACGAUAGAGCAAGAGAAGAUACAUCGCGUUGUGCGUGAUAUGCGAAAGACCGAUCUGUCGCAAGAGUAUGCGUUAGCGAGAGAGAUCGAAGAAGAGCCCAGCUGGAGUCUGAUACAUGGCGACUCCGGUCCACCGAAUAAUCGGACUAGCUUCGCUGAUCUACCAGACGACGCUAUGAUCCUGGCGAAGUUUGCGCCAUACGAUGUACUCGAUAGUAGUGAUGAUGGAAAUCUGGUGCUGCGCGUCGAUCUCGUUGAUCAAUCGGAGAGUCCGCAGGAUCUGUAUGAGCUCGAGUAG